CCCCUAAAACACUGAAGAAGAAGUGUGUGGGCAUGGAAGUCGUGUGCAGUGGGCGUGUCUUGAGAGAAUGUGUCAACGUUAAGCGAUGAAUAUGACCGCCAUGAGACUAGGAGACAGAGAAGAGGCACCUUUGACGAGCACUGACUCUAAACUAUCACCAAAGGACAGUCCAGCGGUGAAGCCGAGUGCGUCCCGAUGCAGCGUGGUGGCAGCCUCCUGCUGUGCGCCAGGCUGUGAGAGCAGGAACACUGUGGACUGCAAACUCACCUUCCACACGUUUCCAAAAGCCCCUGAGUUGCAGAAGAGGUGGAUCACUGUCACCGGCAGCAAGAAAGAGAAGUGUUUUGACCGCACCGGCCAGACCACCAGGCUCAGGACAGGGGCCUUGCCAAUCAUCUGGAAUUAUGUCCCCUGGAAGAAAAGAAAUACAAAAUUACCCUUUCUUCCUGUACCCUUGGAAGAGAUACUGGAGUCCACCUGUGAGCCCAACGUCAGCAGCCAAGAUACCAGGCAGCAUCAGGGGCUUCGUGGUGCAGUGGUUAGCACACUCGGCUCACAACUGAGAGAGCCCAGGUUCGAUUCCCGGGCGGAGUGGAAUAAUGUGGGCGUCUUUUCCAAUGCCCUACGCCCCUGUCCACCCAGCAGUGAAUGGGUACCAGGUGGUGAGGCCAAGGGGGCAGAGUGCUGUCCCUGCCACCGCGUGCUGUCCGGGCUGCACCACGACCACCGCUGGCUGAAGGAGGUCACGCUGGACUGCCGCGUGUGCUUCUGCUGCUUCAGGGGAGAGAUGCGCCAGGGGAACCUCACCACCAUGUGUCUCACCCUGCACCAGCUGACCAAGGGUGUCAGGUUCCUGCACAGGUGAACGAAGGUGGAGUCAUGGCUUUGGGGCGGCUCGCUAAAAAGGUACGUGUGUGUGUAUAUGUGUGUGUGUGUGUGUGUGUGUGUGUGUGUGUGUGUGUUGUGUUAGGAAGUGAAGGUUUUCAGCUACAGCUACAGCUGAAGGUUCACCUACAGAAAUGGAACAAAAAGUGUCUGCCACAAUUCAGUGAAGAAACAUGUCAAGUCCUGCACCUUGGGAGGGAAUAUCCUGCACACCAAUACCACAUGGGAAACACUCCACUAUCCCCCACAGAGUAAGACCUGGGACUAUUAUGUUACCAGGCUACCAGUGAAGGCAAAGUUCCUGACAAUUGCAGCGGAUGGGUUAACUUCUGUUGGCUACUCCAGAAGCCAUAACCUUUUAAACUAACUUAACGUAACCUAUCAAACAGGGGUGCUUCAGACUUCCCCAUCAUUUUUGCAUUUAUUAUUAUUUUUUUGUUAUUUUUAUGUCCAAGCCCACAGUGCCGUUAAGCUUUCUUUUUUAGGGGCCUGGUGGUGAGUCCGAGCCC